AUGAUUGAAAAUAAAGACAUGGAAAAAGGCAUAGUUAAAAAUGAUGGAAAUGUGGAGAAAGUAGAAACAUCAGGAGUUUUUAAUUCACCUGAUUUUGUUGAUAUAGAUAAAAAUAAUAUUAAAAGAAAAGCUGAUUAUAUUGAUGGGGCAUUUGAAGGAUUAACUAAAAGAAAUAUUUCUAAUAGUAAUAUUGUUUCCACAAAUUUACUAGAUAAGAAACAACAAAAAGAUCAUGAUAAAAUUAAUAUGAUGAAUAAUAUUUCAGAUCUAAAAAAAAAUGAAACCUCAUCUACCAAAUUACUCAAUGAAAAUAAUACUCAAUACAAUUCAUUUAAGGAAGAUAAAACAAAUAAUGGUAAAAAAAUUUGUGUAUUAAAUAAUCCGGAUGAAGAAGAAAAAAAAAAAAAAAAAAAAAAAAAGGAGGAUAAGUGUGACAAUAAAUUAAAGGAUAAAUCAAAUGAAAGUUCAAACAUUAACUCAAAAGAUAAAUUAAUUAAUAAUAUAAACAAGAAAAAGGAUAUUAAAAAGGAUAUGAAUAAAGGAAUAUAUAAAGAUAGUCAAAAUAAUAUGCCCAAUUUAGUUCAUCAAAAAGAAUCCGUAAUAUAUCCUAAAAAUAUAAAUGAUAAAAUAGGUGAUAAAAUAAAUGAUGAAACAAAUGAUAAAAUAUGUGAUAAAAUAUGUGAUAAAAUAAAUGAUAAAAUAUGUGAUAAAAUAAAUGAUAAAAUAUGUGAUAAAAUAAAUGAUAAAACAAAUGAUAACAUAAAUAGUAAUAUGAAUAAUAUUAAAGAAGAAGGAAGUAAUAAACAUAAUCAUAAUAUACAUAAUUCAAAUGAUCAAAAUAAAAAUACCAUAUCUAAAUCAUCUACAUUACAUCACUCUUCACAAAAAGUAAAUAAAAUAAAUGAUUAUUUUACUGAAAGAAAAAAUAAUCAAAAAACCACUGUCUUUGUAGGUGAAAAAAUGCAAAAGAUAAAAGCAGAUUUCAAAUAUGGAGAAGAUGUUACACCAAAGGUUCAAAAUAAAACUGUUUAUGAAUCACAAAAUGAAACAAUAAGUAAUACAGAUGCUAAGUCGAGUGAACGAUUAAUUGAAAAAAAACAAGAAAAAACUGUUUUUACCGCACAAAGAUGUGAGAAGAGUAAUGCGGAUGCAAGGGCUAGCGAAAAGUUGGUUGAACGAAAACCUGAAAAAACAAUAUUUGAAGCACAAAGAUGUGAAAAAAGUAAUGCAGAUGCAAGGGCUAGUGAAAAGUUGGUUGAACGAAAACCUGAAAAAACAAUAUUUGAAGCACAAAGAUGUGAAAAAAGUAAUGCAGAUGCAAGGGCUAGUGAAAAGUUGGUUGAACGAAAACCUGAAAAAACAAUAUUUGAGGCACAGCGAUGUGAGAAGAGUAAUGCAGAUGCACGAGCUUGUGAAAAGAUGGUCGAAAAGAAACCAGAGAAAACCAUAUUUGAGGCACAAAGAUGUGAGAAGAGUAAUGCAGAUGCACGAGCUUGUGAAAAGAUGGUCGAAAAGAAACCAGAAAAAACAAUAUUUGAAUCUGAACAAUGUGAAGAGAGUAAUGCAGAUGCAAGAUCAUGUGAAAAAUUAAUUGAAAGGAAACCCGAAAAAACAAUAUUUGAAUCUGAACAAUGUGAAAAGAGUAAUGCAGAUGCAAGAUCAUGUGAAAAAUUAAUUGAAAGGAAACCAGAAAAAACAAUAUUUGAAUCUGAACAAUGUGAAAAGAGUAAUGCAGAUGCAAGAUCAUGUGAAAAAUUAAUUGAAAGGAAACCCGAAAAAACAAUAUUUGAAUCUGAACAAUGUGAAAAGAGUAAUGCAGAUGCAAGAUCAUGUGAAAAAUUAAUUGAAAGGAAACCAGAAAAAACAGUGUUUGAAUCUCAACAAUGUGAAAAGAGUAAUGCAGAUGCAAGGGCUAAUGAGAAGAUGGUUGAAAGGAAACCCGAAAAAACAAUAUUUGAGGCACAGCGAUGUGAGAAGAGUAAUGCAGAUGCACGUGCAUGCGACAAAUUAAUUGAAAAAAAACCAACAAAAACAAUAUUUGAGGCACAACGCUGUGAAAAAAGUACUGCAGAUGCAAGAGCCAACGAAAAAUUGGUUGAAAAGAAACCAGAAAAAACAAUAUUUGAGUCACGAUGUGAAAAAAGUAUUGCAGAUGCACGUGCAUGCGAUAAAUUAGUUGAAAAAAAACCAGCAAAAACAAUAUUUGAGGCACAACGAUGUGAAAAAAGUAAUGCAGAUGCAAGAGCUAGCGAAAAAUUAAUUGAAAAGAAACCAGAAAAAACAAUAUUUGAGUCACAACGAUGUGAAAAAAGUAUUGCAGAUGCACGUGCAUGCGAUAAAUUAGUUGAAAAAAAACCUGAAAAAACAAUAUUUGAGUCACAGGGAUGUGAAAAAAGUACUGCAGAUGCAAGAGCUAGUGACAAAUUAUGUGACAAAGUAGGUAAUGUAUAUGUUUUUGAAUCUCAAGGGAGUAUACGAAAUGAUGUAUAUGCACGUGCAGGUGAGAAGCUGAUUCAGAAAAAACCUGAAAAAAUAAUAUUUGAGUCUCAACAAUGUAAGGAAAUUAUAACUGAUUUCCGAUCAUCUGAUAAAAUAAAAGAAGUUAUGAAAAGAAAUUUGACUGACGAGUGUCACAAUAUUUAA